CAGCGACCGCUUCUCUCGGAGCCCAGCACCGGACCCCUUUCAUCCAUGUGGAUGUACCGCGGGUAAAAGCGCACGGACCACGGAGCCAUGGAACAUUUUAAACUCCGUACUGCUCUUCUCUCGGCUCUCAUCGUGAUGGUGAGCAACUCGAGCCAUGCCCUGGACCAUCUCCUGGAAAAGAACUUCUCUGAUGCUCCAGACCUCCACUUCUUCUCCUCCUGUGAUUUUGAAUCUGUAUGCCAGUGGACGUUCUCCAACUACAGUGAGCAGGGCGACUGGUUUGUGGUUCCUGCCGGAGAGGUGGAGCAGAGUGGACCGUCCAGGCCCCGCACUGACCACUCCAUGGGCACGGCUAAGGGACAUUUCCUUGAACUGAGAGCCUCUCCAGACCACUGCGAGUACCACCUGACCAGUCCAGUCCUUCCCUUCAGCUCGGAGCUCUGCAGCAUGCACAUAGCCCUGUUGGACCAGGCCCCCGAGGCAGGAAACCUCAGCCUUCUGAUCACACCCAUGCACUCAAACCCCCAUCCUUUGCCCAUCCACCUAGUCAGCAGCAGGGGGCAGUGGGAGGAGCUGAAGGCUGUGAUUGGCUGGAUGGAUCAGCCCUUCCAGGUGACUCUGUCAUACACGUCCUGCCAGGCUGAGGGCAGCACUGUGGCUCUGGACUCUCUGGAGCUCCGAAACUGUGAAGAGCAGUCGCUGUCAGAGCUGAACGCUGCCUGUGGGGAGUCCUUCCAUUGUGACGCCACUGGGAACUGUGUGGAGUUGAAUCGUGUUUGUGACUUCCACACUGACUGUCCAUUUGGAGAGGAUGAAGGCCUCAUCUGCGAAGCUCUCCCUCCAGGCUCUUACUGUUCGUUUGAGCAGGACGACUGUGGCUGGUCUGUGUCCCUGCAGCGCUCUCAUUGGAGGAGACUGUCAGCUGAUGAUCUGGAGCCUCAGGGAGAGGCUCUGCUCUCCACACCUGGGCACUUCCUGUUUUUACAGGUCACAGAGAGCAGUGCUGUCAGUGAAGCGUCCAUCCUCAGCCCAUGGUUCCCUGCUCCCGUUUCCUCCAGUGACUGCCAGAUGUACUUUUCUCUGUACUUCUUUGGGGACUUCAGUGGAACUCUGGUGGUCGCUGUUGAAGAGAGUGAGACGGCUAACAGCACUCUGGUGUGGAAGAGGAAUGGCCCAUGGGAAGAUGACUGGAACCAUGUUGCUCUGCAUCUGACUGGGAUUGAGCACAGGUUUCAGAUGAGGGUGACUGCUAUGUGGGCUGCUGGCUCCAAGGCUGAUAUUGCCCUAGACCUAAUCUCUCUGGGAGCAGCCUGCUUCUACACAGAUGUGAACAAGCUGGGACCUGUGGUGGACAUGAGGGAUCUUCUGAGCCCUCUCCCUGAGCCCUCAGCUUCAGAGGUUUCCCUGACGACAUGGUUCUUUACGUCAUGUGGGGCCAGCGGUCCACACGGCCCCAUUCAGGCUCAGUGUGAUAUCACCUACAGGAACAAGAACGUCAAUGUCACUGUGGGAAAGGAUGGUCCCCUGAAAGGAGUUCAGAUGUGGAAGGUCCCAGCCACCAACCGAUACCUGAUCUCUGCGUACGGAGCUGCAGGAGGGAAAGGAGCCAAAAGCCACAACAGGCGAAGGCACGGGGUCUUUAUUUCUGCCACGUUUGCUCUGGAGAAAGGAGAUACACUGUACAUCUUGAUUGGGCAACAGGGAGAAGACGCAUGCCCAGGGAGAAACCAACUGACUCAGAAGAUUUGUCUGGGGAAGUCUUCAGUGAUAGAAGACAACCUGAGGGAGGGGUCUAAUGAUGAGUGGGCAGGAGGUGGAGGAGGGGGCGGUGGUGCCACAUACAUCUUUAAGAUGGAGGGGGGUGAGAUGGUGCCUCUGCUGGUCGCGGCGGGGGGAGGAGGAAAUGCAUAUCUGGAGGACCCUGAGUCCGGCCUGGAUCAAACCAUUCUGGAGCAGUUUGAGAACAGCACCAGUGUCCCCAGAGGCAACGGGCGCACAGGGGCAGCAGGUGGAGGUGGGGGCUGGAGUGACAGCCUGAGUCCACACUCCCAGGCGGGACAGUCCCUUGCAGAAGGGGCUGUGGGGGGGUCCCCCUGUCCAAUGGCUCUAUCUACACUUGGCUGGGCAACAUACGGGGGCUUUGGUGGUGGAGGGGGUGCGUGCACUGCAGGAGGAGGAGGAGGUGGUUACAGAGGAGGUGAUGCUGCUAUAACUGACGAGAUCUUGGCUGACGGCCAAGAUGGAAUCUGUUUCAUUCACCCCACAGGAGAGAUCUUCUUGCAGCCGCUGGCAGGCAUGGAAAGCCAUGGAGAGUGUGAGAUCAAAGUGGAACCGUACUGUAGUCACUGUCAGAUGCAGGAGUGCAGGCUGGACGAGGACACGCAUCAGAUUAUCUGUCUGUGUCAUAAUGGAGAGGUACUGGCCAACGACAAUGUCACCUGCGUCAGUGCUGUAGCUGCUCCCCAGGGCCCCAUCCCGCAGGGCCCCGUCCCUCAGAGCCACAUGUCAGUGUCUCUGAUCCUGGCAGUGGUGGCCUCCACUGUAGCCAGUGGUGUCGCUCUCAUCUGUGCUGGAGUCAUCCUCAUGUGGUACCGCAGGAAAAAUCACCUGCAUGCUGUCAGAGGACGGCUGCAGAGUCCAGAGUACAAGCUCAGUAAAAUUCGCUCCUCCACCAUUAUGACAGACUACAACCCCAACUACUGCUUUGCCGGCAAAGCCACGUCACUCAGUGAGCUGAAGGAAGUUCCCCGGAAAAACAUCACACUCCUUAGGGCUCUUGGCCAUGGAGCAUUUGGAGAAGUGUACGAGGGACAGCUCCUGGGGAUGAGUGCUGAUAAUAGUCCCAUGCAGGUGGCUAUAAAGACCCUUCCUGAGAUCUGCUCUGAGCAAGACGAGAUGGACUUCCUGAUGGAGGCUCUGAUCAUGAGUAAGUUUAGUCAUGAGAACAUUGUUCGCUGCAUUGGAGUCAGCCUCAACAUCUUGCCACGCUUCAUCCUCCUGGAGUUGAUGACAGGUGGGGACAUGAAGAGCUUUCUGAGGCAGCACAGGCCCAGAUCAGGCCACACUUCCUCCCUCACCAUGAGGGAGCUGCUGCGCAUGGCCCGGGACAUCGCCUGUGGCUGUAGAUACCUGGAGGAGAACCAUUUCAUUCACAGAGACAUUGCUGCUCGAAACUGCCUGCUCACCUGCCCAGGGCCUGAACGAGUGGCAAAGAUAGGAGACUUUGGCAUGGCCCGGGACAUUUACAGGGCCAGUUACUACAGGAAAGGAGGCAGAGCCAUGCUACCUGUUAAAUGGAUGCCACCAGAAGCUUUUAUGGAGGGAAUUUUCACCUGUAAAACUGAUACAUGGUCGUUUGGAGUGUUGCUCUGGGAGAUUCUCUCUCUAGGAUACAUGCCUUACCCCUGUAAAACCAACCAGGAGGUUCUGGAGUUUGUUACCAGUGGAGGCCGGAUGGAUCCCCCAAAAGGGUGCCCUGGACCAGUAUAUCGGAUCAUGACCCAGUGCUGGCAGCAUUGUCCUGAACACAGGCCCAACUUUUGUACUAUUCUGGAGAGAAUCAACUACUGCACUCAGGACCCAGAUGUGAUUAACACUCCUCUCCCAGUGGAGUAUGGCCCUGCCCCAGAGGAGGACACAGUCCCACGCCCCUCUGAACAACCCUCUUCCAGUCUGACACCUUUAACGUCACUGAGUGUCCCUGUUCCUCCCGCACCCCAACAGCUUACCAAACCACAGUUUCUCCUUCAUGCCAGCCAACCCUUUCACCAUGAAGCUCCGGAGGUGACCCCCAGGGGGACCUGGCUCCACCCUGAGACUCAGAAUCAACCACACUCCAGAAAUAAUUCCUCAUCAGGAAGUCAAAGACUUAAAAACAAAACCAAGAACUUAUGGAACCCCACGUAUGGCUCCUGGGUUCUGGAGAGCAUCAGGGGUAAGAAAGCCCUGGCCCACACUCAGUCUAUGCCUCUGUCCUCUGGCAGCGGCCCUCCACAGAGCUCCACCUCUGAAUGCACUGACACAGCCUAUGAUGGAGUCAACAGCCUUCACAGUGGGACAUCCACAGUACUCUCCCAUAGACUCCCUGGGGUAGCCUCUGGCACUUUGAAGGGUGGGAUGGACCUGGCUAAGCUUCAGAGCUUCCCUUGUGGCAAUGUCAACUAUGCAUUUGACGGACAGAGCUAUGAGUCAGAGAAUCUGCCUUUGGCUAAGGCUGAAGUCCCAGUGGCAAAGGCCGGCUGUGCAUUGAGUGUGUCUUUGGGAAGUGGCUUAGGACUGGGGCUCCACAGCUCAGCCAAAGCACCCAAACUGCUCUUGAAGAGACAUGCCAGCUAUGGACACGAGGAUGUGAGGAGACAUACCAAAGCUGAUAAACCUCCCCGUGAUCGUGACUCAGGAUUCUCUCUGUCUGAAGACCUCAGCGUAACCCCAAUCUAACACAAGCCUGGGACAACACUGAGCUGUGCUCAGCUGUGCAUGGCUCAUCUCCUCACAAUGAAAUGCUGGACUUUGAUCAGAGCACUGUGUGCACCAUUGCCACAUGCUUGGUGCAUGCUGAAGCAAUCAAAGAUAUACUGUAUGUCAGAUUUUUCCUCAGAACAGCUUUAAAUACUGCUGAGCCAGUACAAGUACUCUGUAGUGUAGAAUACCUUCUUCAGCAGUGGAUCGGAGGAUUACUGUU